GCGCCAUGAGGAGGUUCAUCCUCCUGCUCUGCACCGGCGUGAGCUGCUGCUACCUGGCGGCGGUGGCCGCGUUGCCGGCAGGAGAUGCCGCCCCUACCCCCCCCGUGGCGGAGAGGCGGGAGGAGCCUGUGCCGCCGACACUCAAACCCCAGGUGAGGUUCAGCCUCCGCUCCUCGCCACACGCCGAGGAGGAUGGGUGCCCGCUCACUAUCGGGCACCGGGAAGGUCUGGAGGAUUGCAAGUUCAACCUGACUGCCAAGACCUUCUUCAUCAUCCACGGCUGGACUAUGAGUGGCAUGUUUGAAACCUGGCUGGGCAGCUUGGUGUCUGCUCUUCAGGAGAGGGAGAAGGAUGCCAACGUGGUGGUGGUGGAUUGGCUGCCUCUUGCCCACCAGCUCUACACAGAUGCUGUCAACAACACCCAGGUGGUUGGAAGGAACAUUGCCAGGCUGCUGGACUGGUUGCAGGAGAACCAACACUUCCAGCUGGAGAAUGUCCACCUGAUUGGGUACAGCCUGGGUGCCCACGUUGCUGGCUUUGCUGGUAACCAUGUCCAUGGGACAAUUGGCAGAAUUACAGGCUUGGAUCCAGCUGGCCCCAUGUUUGAAGGAGUGGAGCCCAGCAAGCGCCUGUCCCCUGAUGAUGCCAACUUUGUGGAUGUCCUGCACACCUACACCAGGGAAACACUGGGUGUUAGCAUUGGGAUCCAGAUGCCUGUGGGCCACGUUGACAUCUACCCCAACGGGGGAGACUUCCAGCCUGGCUGUGGAUUAAGUGAUGUCCUGGGAGCAAUUGCUUAUGGGACCAUUGGGGAAGUUGUGAAAUGUGAACACGAGAGAUCCGUGCACCUUUUUGUGGACUCCUUGGUGAACCAGGACAAGCAGAGCUUUGCCUUCCAGUGCACUGAUUCCAGUCGCUUCAAGAAGGGGAUUUGUCUGAGCUGCCGCAAGAACCGCUGCAACAGCAUCGGCUACAAUGCCCGCAAGACCCGGAGCAGAAGGAACAGCAAAAUGUACCUAAAAACCAGAGCUGACAUGCCCUUCAAAGUCUACCAUUAUCAGAUGAAAAUGCAUGUCUUCAGCUACAAGAGCUUGGGAGAGGCUGACCCCACUUUCUCUGUCACCCUUCAUGGCACCAAUGGAGAUUCUGAACCUCUUGCUCUAGAAAUGCUCGAUCAAAUUGGUCUAAAUACAACUAACACCUUCCUGGUUUAUACAGAAGAGGACAUGGGUGAACUUUUAAAAAUCAAACUCACCUGGGAGGGAACAUCUCAGUCAUGGUAUGAAUUAUGGAAGGAGUUGAAGAGAUACUGGUACAGACCUGUGAAGUCUCCCCAGGAACUGCACAUCAGACGCAUCCGGGUGAAAUCUGGGGAAACACAACAGAGGUUUGCUUUCUGUGUGGAGGAUCUCCAGCUCACCAGUAUAGCUCCUGGUAAAGAUCUCUGGUUUGUCAAGUGCACGGAGGAUUGGCAUAAAAGGACUCCAGAUGAGAUCUUCAAGGAUCUAAACCUCAGCAAUGAUCUUCUGGUCUGCCUGCCAGUGGAGUUGAGAAGAUAA